AUAUUAUAUUGAUAAUAGUUUACAGCAGUUUACUGUGAUGUUGCUUACAAAAAUGUCAAUAAUAAGAUCGUUGUUUAAAAUAGGCCGACAUUCUCUUUUACUCCGACAAUGCUAUUCUUCAGAAACUUCAUUGAAGUUAUCUGAACCAGCAGUCCAAAAGUAUCUUAGGCAUUUAUUGUUAGAACACGAAGAACUUUUAAUUAAAUCACGUCGUAACGAUGCAGAAGUCCAACGGUUGCGUGAAAUAAAGCCUAUAGUUCAAGUACUUGAGGAAAGGAUAGCUUUGUUUGACAGUAUCGCAAACCUCAAAGAACUCAAUAAAAAGGAGAACCAGGAUGAUGAAAUGAAGAAAAUGGUUAAGGAGGAGGCUCAGAUUUAUCUCGGACGCCUCAAGGAAGUAGACAAUGACCUCCAGUCAGUUUUAUUUCAACCAUAUUUAACAGAGGGUGGCAUUCUGCUAGAAGUCACAGCUGGUGCUGGCGGUCAAGAGGCCAUGCUGUUUGCUCGAGAGCUUUUCGAAUUAUAUGAAUCAUAUGCACGUUUUAAGGAUUGGGAAGUAAAUAUAGCUUCUAUUGAAAAGUCUGACAUUGGGGGUAUUAGAAAAGGAUCCAUGCUGAUUAAAGGAAUUGGUGUGCCAGAGCUCAUGAAGCUUGAAGCCGGAGUGCACAGAGUUCAAAGAAUACCCGCUACAGAAAAGGGAGGCCGAAUACACACUAGCACAGUGUCGGUAGCAGUUUUGCCGCAACCUAGUGAGAUCGAACUAGAUAUACCCGAUAGGGAUAUUUCAAUUGAAACUAAGCGUGCAAGUGGUGCGGGGGGACAACAUGUGAAUACUACGGACAGUGCUGUUCGCAUCACACACCUGCCGACUGGCACUGUUGUGGACUGCCAGGAAGGGCGGUCACAGAUAAAAAAUAAAGAAAUUGCCAUGCAGAAACUGAGGACACUCUUGCUACAGAAACAGCAAGAAGAAAUGACAUCCAAAAUCAAUGCAGAGAGGAAAUCCCAGGUUGGCUCAAGCAAUAGAAACGAAAAAAUCAGAACCUACAACUAUCCUCAAGAUAGAGUGACCGAGCACCGACCGGGCGGCGGCACGGUGCACAAUCUCAAGGCCUUCAUGGAGGGAGGUGACCUGCUCGAAGAACUCCAGGAAUCUCUACUGAGAGAGGCACGGUACCAAACUGUUGUGAGUGAAAUAGAGGAGUUCACUAAGAAAUAUGGGCAGGAGGAAGCGUCUACCAGCUAGACUGUAAGUUAUUUAUUUUAUUUUAUUUACUGUAGAGAAUAGAUUC